AUGUACAGCCAAGUUGAACAUCCCGCUGGAGGCUACAAGAAGCUCUUUGAGACUGUGGAGGAGCUGUCCUCUCCAGUGACCGCUCACGUCACAGGCAGGAUUCCCACCUGGCUGCGAGGGAGCCUCCUGAGAUGUGGGCCUGGCUUGUUUGAGGUGGGAGCAGAGCCCUUCUACCACCUCUUUGAUGGCCAGGCACUCCUCCACAAGUUUGACUUCAAGGAGGGACACGUCACCUACCACCGACGGUUCGUCCGGACUGACGCUUACGUGAGAGCAAUGACUGAGAAAAGGAUCGUGAUAACAGAAUUUGGCACCUACGCAUACCCAGACCCGUGCAAGAACAUCUUUUCCAGGUUUUUCUCAUACUUCAAAGGUGUGGAGGUCACUGACAACGCCCUCGUUAAUGUCUACCCCAUCGGCGAAGAUUUCUAUGCCUGUACUGAGACCAACUUUAUAACCAGAAUUAACCCAGAUACCUUAGAGACAAUUAAGCAGGUAGAUCUCUGUAAGUACGUCUCUGUCAACGGGGCAACGGCGCACCCCCACAUCGAGAACGACGGCACAGUUUACAACAUCGGCAACUGCUUUGGAAAGAACUUUUCCCUCGCCUACAACAUCAUUCGGAUCCCUCCGCUUCAGGCAGACAAGGAAGACCCGAUAAACAAGUCGGAGGUGGUGGUGCAGUUCCCCUGCAGCGACAGGUUCAAGCCCUCUUACGUUCACAGCUUUGGGUUGACCUCAAACCAUAUAGUGUUUGUUGAAACACCAGUGAAAAUCAACCUCCUCAAGUUCCUCUCCUCCUGGAGCCUCUGGGGAGCCAACUACAUGGACUGCUUUGAGUCCAACGAAACCAUGGGGGUCUGGCUUCACGUGGCAGAGAAAAAGAAAGGCAGGCUCCUCAACAUUAAAUAUCGCACCUCAGCUUUCAACCUCUUCCAUCACAUUAACACCUAUGAAGAUAAUGGGUUUCUGAUCGUCGACCUCUGCACCUGGAAGGGGUUCGAGUUUGUUUACAAUUACCUCUACUUAGCCAACUUGCGAGCCAACUGGGAUGAAGUGAAGCGCCAGGCUGAGAAGGCCCCACAGCCCGAAGCCCGCAGAUACGUGCUGCCCCUGAACAUCGACAAGGCUGACACAGGCAAGAACUUGGUCACCUUGCCCUACACAACUGCAACAGCAACCCUGCGCAGCGAUGAGACCGUCUGGCUGGAGCCAGAAGUUAUUUUCUCGGGGCCACGCCACGCCUUUGAAUUCCCACAGAUCAAUUACAAGAAAUACUGUGGGAAGCCUUACACGUAUACGUAUGGGCUGGGGCUGAAUCACUUUGUCCCAGACAGGCUCUGCAAGCUGAAUGUUAAAACGAAGGAGACCUGGGUGUGGCAGGAGCCGGAUUCGUACCCAUCGGAGCCGAUCUUCGUUUCCCACCCGGAUGCUCUGGAGGAAGAUGACGGGGUUGUGCUGAGCAUCGUGAUCAGCCCUGGCGUGGGGCCGAAGCCUGCCUACCUCCUGAUCCUCAACGCCAAAGACAUGAGCGAGGUGGCCAGGGCUGAAGUGGAGGUGAACAUCCCCGUGACCUUCCACGGGCUCUUCAAACGAGCGUGA